AUGACUGACAUCAAGAGCAACCGAGAAUUGUACCAGCAGUACACAGCCUCGGCUCCCAGGCUGCUGGCCCGCAUCUCCAGACUGCUCAUCAGUUGCCGGAACGCAGGCAUUUCUGUACCUAAGGGCAUCAGGAACAUCUUUGAGUUCACUUGGGAAGAACUCACUGCUGACCCCAUGUUGCCUACCCCAUCCAACAUCGUGGGCCUAGAGAUCAGCAUUGGACCCCCACCCAUGGUGCUCAUGGAAUUAACCCCCGCACAGGCCCCUGUCCAGAAGAAGCCACCACCACCACCACCAUCAGCACCACCACAGCAAUUGCUGCCCACAUCCACUGGGUCAGCCAAGUUCACCCAGUCUCCCACCCGUGGCCAUCUAGCACACUCUAGCCAGGAGACCCUGCACAGAUUCCAGCAGCAGUCCAUCCACCUGCUGACAGAGCUGCUCACCCUGAAGAUGAAGGCCAUGGUGGAGUCUGUGUCUGUAGGUGCCAAUCCCCUGGAUAUCACAAGGCGCUUUGUGGAGGCCAGCCAGCUCCUCCACCUCAAUGCCAAGGAGAUGGCUUUUGACUAUCUGAUCGGCACAAUGGGAAGAAGUAGCCGGAGUGUUGGACAGAUGGGGAAAGAUUCCUUCAUGAACACUCCAGCCAUGGGAGUGAACACGCCUUACCAGCUUGUCUAUGAGUCCUCCACUGGCUGUCUGAGCUUUUCCCUCUCAACUGGAAGGGAAGUCAAGAAGAAAACAGGUAAAUCAAAAAACUUAGAAGAUAUAACCGUGUUGUCCUUUCAACGAGGAGCUGGAAUGUCUGCCUCUGACAGUGUGGAGUUCAGCGACCCCUGCCCUGAGGUCCGGGAGAAGCUGCAGGAGAUGUGUCGCCAUAUAGAAGCGGAAAGGGCCUCGUGGAAAGGGAGGACUUUCUUCUGUCCCCUGAUCUUUCGCAACUACAGGGCAAAGGUGCCCCCUCAUCUAAUGUCAGCCCCGAAAGGGGAUGCUCAGACCCCGAGCUCCCACCACCCUCACCCUUCAGGUGCUCAGACCUCCGCUUCCACCCUUCACCAGCCUCCCGCCUACCACCACCCUCACUUUGUCCGGCAUUCUCAGGAGUGGAAGGUAUCCAAGAAGAUCAUCAAGUUCCACUACGCCUUCUAUGAUGGGUCCUCCUUUGUGUACUAUCCCUCUGGAAACAUCGCCAUGUGUCAGAUCCCCACAUGCUGCAAAGGAAGAACCAUCACCUGCCUCUUUAAUGAUACACCUAGCUUCUUUUUGGCUCUGCUCAAUGCUGAAGGACAGGGCUGUGUUCAGUACAACAUGAAGGCCCGUUGCCCAUACGUCUUGGUCUUGGAUGAGGAAGGUGGGACUGCCAAUGACUACAAAGGCUACGUAGUUCACAAAUGGAGCUGGACUUCUAAGACAGAGACUUUGCUUUCCCUGGAAUAUAAGGUGAAUGAGCAAAUGAAGCUGACGGUGCUAAGCCAGGACUCCAUCACGGUCACCUUCACCUCCCUAAAUGAAAGAAUAACACUCUCCGUAUCAGCCAACAACUGUCCCCAUGGGGUAGCACAUGAAAAACGGCUGCUGACCCGCAUGGAUGACAAAAUAUUUAAGAUGAACCGAGCUCUGGCAGAGAUCAAGAAGCGGUUUCAAAAGACAAUGUCACAGUUCAUGAAUUCUGUCUUGCUAGCAGCAGGGCUGUUCACCAUAGAAUACCCGGUUAAGGAAGAGACAGAAAUCAGUCGAGCCAAGGUAAAAUCGAGUCCCUAUCUUGAGCGGAGCAUCAAGCCAAUUUCAUACCCAGGAGAAGCUGUUUUAUUACGAUCUCAGUCAGCCCGACCUGAAUCCUCAACUGGAGAGUCUUUGAGGGAAGAGCAUGGGUCUGCUUCUAUAAGCCCCACUCGGAGGAAGAGCAUCAGGAUCCACGCCAAAGCCGUGGUCACACCCAGAGGAAAGGCUGGAGAGAUGCACAGCCCCACCAGGUGGGCAGCCUCGCCCUCCGACUGCCCACUGGUGCUGCGGAAGCUCAUUCGCAAGGAAGACAUUCGGGCUGGCUGCAGGUGCAUGGUGAAGGCACCGCUGGUCACCGACGUGGAGCUAGAGCGCUUCCUGUCUGCACCCCGUGACCCCGGCCAGGUCCUGGUUUUCGGGAUAGUCUCAAGCCAGAACCCCACCAGCACCGCACAGCUCCAGUGGCUGCUUGACACACUCUAUAGUCACCGACAGCAGGGCCGUGCUUCGCCCUGCAUCCAGUGUCGGCAUGACCCCUACCGCCUGCUGCGGUAUGACCUGGACAGCUCCCUUCAGAAGGACCCACCCCUGCUGGUGAAGAAGUAUGCUGUGUUGCCGGGGAUGAUUCUGAUGUUCGCCGGGGGGAAGCUCCUUUUUGGUGGCUGUGUUUUGAAUGGAUAUGGCUUCAGUAGGCAGAAUCUGCUGAAACAGAUCUUCCAGGCUCGACGAGACUGCAAGAUGGGCUACUUCCUGCCAGACAACUACAAGUUUAGCGUUCCAACCUCCACCCCGGUCCCGGAAGACCCUGACUCAGCCAAGAAAGCAAUAUCGGAAGAUACCCAACAAAGCUUCUCCUCGUUGGCCAUGGGGGACAAGGUGGAGGAGUCCCCUCCUGAAGCCGAGAAGAAAAUGAAAUCGCCUGAAGUGGAUUUGCCUGUUGUCAGCAAAGUCAGGAGGGGCAGUAAGAAGGUGGUCCCCUGGAAAAAACAGGCCUCUAAGAGGUGAUGCUGUCCCUGUGGCUACCCAGAGCUCCAGGCCUGGACACAGCUCCUCCUGUCCACCCAGCCCUGCCUCCCAAAUCCCCUACCUGCUUUCUCUGAGCCUCUGCAUAAUAAAUGAGCAUGUCUCCAGC